UUUCUAAAGAAUUGAACGACGAGUGUUCAACUCCUAUCAUCGUCAAGUUACAACACUAACAAAAGAAAAAACCUUUCUACAAAACAAUAGAAAAUAAUUUUCCCGGGAAAAUCAUCAAGAAAAUCGAAAUUAGGGUUUAGGGUUUCAAAUUUCCGAAUCGGAGAAUGUCUCAGACUGGAAAGUUGAUGCCGAAUCUUGAUCAACAGAGCACGAAGAUGCUCAAUCUCACUGUUCUCCAACGAAUCGAUCCCUUCAUCGAAGAGAUUUUGAUUACUGCCGCUCACGUCACCUUCUACGAAUUCAACAUCGAUAGUAAUCAAUGGAGUCGAAAAGAUGUUGAAGGAUCUCUCUUUGUUGUUAAGAGGAAUACGCAACCUCGGUUCCAGUUCAUUGUAAUGAAUCGGCGUAACACAGAUAAUUUGGUGGAGAAUCUACUGGGAGAUUUUGAGUACGAGGUUCAAGUUCCAUACUUGUUGUAUCGCAAUGCAGCACAAGAAGUUAAUGGCAUUUGGUUUUACAAUCCCCGUGAAUGUGAGGAUGUCGCAAAUCUCUUUAGCAGAAUACUUAAUGCAUAUUCAAAAGUUCCUGCAAAGCCAAAAGUAUCUUCAAGCAAAAGUGAAUUUGAGGAGCUAGAAGCAGUUCCUAGCAUGUCUGUGAUAGAAGGCCCCUUGGAGCCACCAGCAACUGCCUCUCCUGCCACUGAUGCUCCUGAAGAUUCAUCAUUUGUCAACUUCUUUAGUGCUGCUAUGAAUCUUGGAACUAAUGUUCCAAAUGGUGCAAAUUCAAUACAGCCUUACCAUUCUAUCUCAACCACCCCUCUGUCUUCUCAUGCACCACCUGCCAUCUCCACUCCUGCACCUGCUCCGACAGUUUCGUCCCUUACUCUUUCUGCUCCACCUUCGCUUGAUUCAUUAAGUAGCAGCAACCGGGUAACCAAUCUUGUUAAGCCUUCUGCAUUUUUUGCACCACCCCCUUCUUCAUCGUCGUCAUCAUUGAUGAUGCCGCCUCUCUCAUCAUCCAUGCCAACUGCCUCUGCUCUUCAUCCACCCCUCAAUCUGCAACGUCCUUAUGGCACUCCAAUGCUUCAACCUUUUCCACCACCUACUCCACCUGCGUCUCUGACUCCUGGUGUGCCACCUACUUUGCAUGAUGGACCUCUUAUUAGCAGGGAUAAAGUUCGUGAUGCACUACUAAUGCUUGUUCAGGAUGAUCAAUUCAUUGACCUGUUCUACCAGGCAUUGCAAAAGGUGCAUCAUUCUUGAGCAUCUAAAGUUGAUCCUCUAAACUUCAUUUCAAUGUUCCAUGUGCACCAUAUACUUUUAUUUUCUUCAGUCAGGUAUCUCAACUCUGACACAUGAUUCGAUCUGCCCUGAUUGUUAAAGGAGCACAAGGUGUGAAAACAUACUUUGAGUUGCUGAUGUGGCAAAAAGGCUGUAGGUCACAUAGAAAUAAACCUAAACUCGCACCUUCAUUUCCUCCCACAAACAAGCCACCAUAGUUCCGUCCGCAUCAAACGUUGCAGCAGAUGUAUUGAGUGGAGGAUAAGGUGAACAAUUACCGCAUUAGUCUUGGUUCAGGGUUUUCAGGCAGCUUGAUAGCAUGUGUCUUUGUGGACUCUAAUCUGCUCUGCUUUCAGUUGAUCGAAUCAGUCACAGAAGAUUGAAUGCCUAAUUGAACAAAGUAAAAGUCUGAGGUGUGGAACGGACAUUGAAACAGAGUUUGAGGAUUAAAAUGGCAUUCAGACUUAAAGCAGUAAUGGAAUUCCCCUUGCCAGAUUUCUUGGAUUCCUCAAUGAUUGUAAAAUUGAUUCUGUUUAUAGUAAGACCACUCUGUCCGGUCAAUUUAUAGGAGAAGUUGCUCGUGUCAGUGUCAGCUCUUUCCGUCUCUUGGAAGCAUUGGAAGCUUGGUGUAACAUGGUUGUUUCGUUUGUUUGGUGGAGUGUAAUGGUAGGAAAAGCAGUUCUUUUCUUUAAUUCGGCUUAAAUGUUUAUGAUGUAUGAUGUAAGUUCCUGGGAAUAUUUAGGACUCUGCAAGCAUUUGUCCAAGACUUCGCUAAUGUGACUUCAAAGUUAUAUUUA